AUGCAAAUUUUUAUUAGAGAAGCAACAGAAAAUAAAGAAUGGUAUAUUUUAGAUUUACAAGGUCAUUUAGAAUAUAGCUGUGAAUUAAAAAAUGAAACAUUGGGAACCCUUAUAAAAAAACCAAACACCAAGGACGAUUUUACAUUUCAAAUUGGAAAUCAAGUAUUAAAUGGUAAAGAGGUACCAUUAAAAAAACCAUUGUUGGUUAUUAGAAAAAAGAAUAUUAAUGAAGAUUUAGAUAAUGAUGUAAACAUGGUAGAUAGCAGCGAAAUUAGUAAUGCUAACAACGUUGAUGAAAGUGAAGUAGAAUAUAUUAUCGAAGGUAUGGCAAAUAGUAAAAUUACUUUCACAACCAGACCAACAACAAUUAUUCCACAAAGCUCAGUUGUUUAUGGUUCUCCAACUCAUAGGGUAUCACCAACUAAUAGCCCAACUAAUACCAAUAAAACUUCAUCGUCAUCUACCACCACACCAACAACUGAAUCACCAAUUAAACAACCACAAUUCAAUUAA